CUUGGCUUAGCACCAGAGUCAAGCUUUACUAAGGGCAAUGGUUACCCUGGGUCUUGCAUUAGUCUACAAGGUAUUAGUCACUAUAUAGACUCAGGAUAAUGUCAGAUGACAUUUGAAAGCUGUGACAGCCAUUGCUUUCCCCUAGGGCAGGUAGGCCCUGCCCCUCCCAUCAAGGUGUGUUCUCAACACCCUCCCUGAAGCUAAGCUGAGGUGAGGUUAGUCUGGGUUCAGUCUCUUCAGUCGGGACCUUCCUUGGAGUAAAAGCAAAGCACAGCACAGCCAGGCAGGAGGAUGGGAGAGGAGGACGUGGCCUGCUCAGCACAUCGACACAGACACAGGUAUCUGCUGACUCUGACGACCAGUCUUUUACUCGCCUAUGGGCCAGCCUCAGCGUUCCAAGAGCCACAUAGCUCUAGUGGACCUAUGACUUCAGUGCUCAGACCAAUACCCAAGACAAACACAAGAAAGUUGGACACAAGCACAACAGUGACUGCUUCAACUUUACAUUGGAGAAGUAACAUUCCUUCAAAGCUGGCUGCUAUGAAAGGCACGAGAAACUCAAAGAAAGCAGUGAACAUCAUAAAUUCUACCAGUUCUACUCCUGAUGUAACAUUUGGGUCAGUUUUACUUAAAACCACAUUGUCCACAAAGAUCCCUGAAACAACAGGGAAGAGCACUGGUUAUCCUUCAAUGACUACAUCUAAUUUUACCAGGACUGAGACACAUAAUGGAACUGCAUUAAAUAGUACUCUUCUAUCAGACACAUCUACCACUGUAACUGUGGCAGAAACUAACAUAACUGAGAUUAUUUCAACCACAGAACAUACUCCUAAUUUUACCGAAGUGCCCUUUACUAAUUCUGUUCUUGUAUCCAGAACAGAAUCUACAAAUAACAGCAUUUCCUAUCCAAUCACUAACCAGGUAAUCAAAGCAGAAGAAAUCUCCACUGGAAUGCCCACUGGGCCCCCAAACUCCAUAAUCAGCAAAGAAAUUACCACUAGUCAGAUAGAACAUUUUGUGGUAACCCCAAACAUUAUUGCAUCUCAAGGUAUACCAGCAACUACCUCAGGGGCAGGAAUGCACUCCAGUGUCUCUCAUAAUUAUUCAUUGUUAGAGACAUCCACUCUUCUCAAAAGUGACAAAGUCCCCUCCAGAACAAAUUCAUCACCACUGGAAGGAAUCAGCUCUGAAAGUUCCUGGAAAACUACAGUAAGAACAAGUUCAUCAUCACCUGUUAAGUUAUCAUCACAAAGACAUCUACCUAUUACCCAUCACACUACCAAACAAAGUUGGACCACAGCUCAGAUACAAUCUAGCACACUUGAAGAAGUGGAUUUAAUCACAGAGUAUAGUCUCAACCAUACUGAAGUGCCCAUGAAUCUUUCUCUUCUUGAACCUUCAACAAAAGACAUGUCUACUGGGAACAUAUCUUUUACAACACUACAUGAAUCAAUAUCAGAAGAUACUUCUUUUGGAAUCACCAUUGGGACUCCUAGUUCCAGCAUCACUUCGAAAUUACAACAGUUGUCAAAUAGCCACAAUGGACAUUCUGUGGUGACAUCAAGCAUGGUGACUUCUAAAAGCCCAUCAACCUCUGCCUCAAUCAAUGUCACUAACUCCAGUAGGGUCCAAACAUUUCCACAUCCAGAAGCCAUGGAUCCUCCCAAAAAUAUUACUUCAGGACCACAGACACAUAAUCUUUGGGAAGAAUCUGUGUUUGAAGAUUCCACAAUGCCACAUGAGUCACAUUCACCUUCUGCUAUUUCUUCCAUAAGAGACACACACAGUACAUCAUUUACUGGUUCAGUGGCCUAUGUCAUCACAGUUUCUAAGGACACAAUCCCAACGGAUUUGUCCACAAGAUCAGAACCUGUGAUUUCCUCAAUCCAAAGCUUGAAUGGCAGUCCUCAGAAAAGUUUUAACAUUGCACAAGUGUCCAAAAUCUCACAGAUGACCUCUGUUUCCUCAGUCACAAAAGGAAACAAGAAAAAUGGAAGCUCAACACCCAAACUCAAACACACCAUUAUCCCUACACCAAUCUCAUCUGAACAUGAAUAUUUCACAACAAUUCUUGCCAGAUCAGAAGACACCACACUUUCAUCUCCACAGUCAAUUUCCUUUACAACAGCAGAGAUUGGAAAACCGACAGAUUCCUCCUUGAUGAAAGCAUGGAAAAGUUCCAGUAAAUAUGAAGACAUACAUUCAACAAAAGAACACAGAAUUAGCCAGACUAAUGUACCCACAACUCUUUCUCUUGUCACAUCUGUGGCAAAAGAUAUAUCUGCUGGCAGUACAUUCCUUUCCAAGUUACACCAUUCAAUAUCAGAGGACACUUCCACUGGAAUCUCCACCAAGUACUCAAGAUCUACAACCACCACAGAAUCAGAACAGACUGCAACCAGCCACAGAGAACAUACUGUGGUGACAUCAAACAUGGUAACUUCCAAAGAUCUAUCAACCACUUCUUCAAACACAGAGACCCAACACAGUGGAACACAGACAUUUACACUUUCAGAAUCCAUGGUUAAUUCUACUAACAUCAACCCUGCAACCACAUUAAGGACUAAUUCAGUUUGGGAAGGGUCCAUGCCUACAAGUUCGACAAGAACUCCAGAUGAGGCACCCUCACAUUCUCCAGUUUCUGCCAAUGCAGACAGAUACAGUACGCCCUCUUCUGUUUCUGCCUCCAUUGUCACAAUUUCUAAGGAACCAAAUCCUACUAGAUUAUAUGUGAUCCCAAAAUCAGUGACCCCUUCAAUACCAAGCUCCAACAGUACCCAGUUCUCCAAAAUCCCACAGACAACCUCUGUUUCCUUACUCGGAUCAGUGGAAGGCAUGAAAAAGAGCACUUUCAAACAUGCUAUCACACCUAUAUCAGUCUCACUUGAAAAGGAAUCUUUUACAACUAUUCUGCCAACCAUGGAACAAGCCAGACUGUCACCUUCACAGUCAGUCUCAUCUGAAAGGACAGAUACUGAGAGAGGUAUAUCUUUCCCCUUGAGGACAGCAUGGACAGAUUUCAGUACAUCUGAACAGAUAAACACAAGCACAGAAUACAGCACUAGCCAUACUGAACUUUCCACUAGCCCUUCUCCUUUAGAAUCUAGGACAGGACUUACGUCUGCUGACAGCAUAUCCAUUUCAGACCUUCAAUCAACAUUGCAAGAUACUUCCUCUGGAACCUCCAUUAGUAUCCCUGCCUCCACUGUCAGUGCAGAGUCAGAAGAGAUGAAAAGCAGACCCAUGGGACUCUAUCCAGUUAUCUCAGAUAUUUUGACUUAUCCAGAUUCAUCAAGCACUGUCUCUGUCAAGGGUACCCACUCCAGUGGGACACAUACAUUUCCACAUUCAGAAUCCAGGGCUCCUUUCAACAAUCUUGCUUCAGCAUCAUGGACACCUACCCCUGAGAAAGGUACCAUAUCUACAGAUUCCACAAAAACACAAGAGUCACUUUCACUGACUGCUGAUACUUACAUGCCACACACUCACAGUAGUCACUCUCCUGAUUCUGUUGUCUCUUUUUUCACAAGUUCUAAGGAUUCAAUCCCAACAGAUUCGUACACAAGCUUAGGCCCUGUGACUGUUUACGUUCCAAGCUGGAGCAGCACCUCUCAGUCAAGCUCCAACACUGUUCAUGCUUCCCAAAUGUCACAGAUGAAUACAUUUUCCUCAGUCACAUCAGGGUCUAACAUGGGAGACAGCCAUUCUGUACCUGAAUUCAAAUACACCACCACAUCUGUUUCAGUGCCAUCUGAACUUUCCACUGAAAAGAAAACUUUCCCCACUACCCUGCCCACUACAGAAGUAGCCACACUUAUACCUACAAAAUCAACAUCAUAUGAAAAUACAAGUAGUGGCACAAAGACAGUUACCCUCCUGACCACACUGACACAAGCUAACUCACCUGAGAAGGUGCACUCAAGCACAGAUUUCAUUAGACACCCUUCUGAAGUACCUAAUAGUUCCUCUACUCCUGUAUCAAGUACAAGAUCCAUGUCUCCUGAUAACGCAAUACUCCCAACACUUUGGCACUUUACAUCAGAACACACUGGGUUUACACCAGAAGAUAUGACCAGUGGAACUGUCACCAAGUGUUAUGACUCCAACACCAUCACAGAGUCACAAGAAGUAUCUACCAGCCAGAUUAGGGAUUCUAAUGUGACCUCAAACAUUGCCCUCUCCCUAAAAACGUCAACCAUGUCAUCAGAGUCAGACAAUUUCAUGAGUUUCAGUCCAGCCCCCACAAUUACAGAGACAUCUACAUUUGUAAGCCAAAGUUAUGAAGUCCCAUCAAUUGCAACCUUUUCAACUCUAAAAGGAAGCCCACUGGGCAAUUCUCCAGGAUAUCUUAAUGAAUCUUCCUUAACAUCCUCUGUUACUUCCACAGGAGAAAACAACACCCCUUCUCCUAGUCCUGUUGUCUCAGUCUUUACCUCCUCUAAAGAGAAAAUCACAACUAGAUUGGAUAAACCAUUACAUAAUCUGUCUACUUCAUUUUCAAAUUGGACCACUAAUACACAUACAAGCCAAGAGACUUCUCAGGCUACCGAAUUUUCACAGACAAGCUCUGCUUCCUCUGUUAACUCAGAAAUAAUUACAGAAGUCAGCAGUUCUAUACCCCAACCCAAAUUUUCUGUUUCAGAAUCCAUUAGAGCUGGCAGAACCCUGACGAGAAGCCCUCUUUAUUCCUCAGAAUCAGAAGAUAUCACUCCUGGAAGCAUUUCCAGACUCAUUACCUACCCUAGCACAGAACACAUAGGGCUAACCUCCAUCUUUGGAACAGCUAAUUCUGGGUCUUUACUAAGUGAUAGCCUAUCCAGGGAUAUUGCAGCUACUGUUCCUAUGAAAGAAUUUUCUUCACCUGAGCCUCAAACAUCUCCACAUUUAUCUUGGAUAUCUGAGUCUCACAGUUUUGAGGAACAGUCACAAACAAGUUCUUUAUCCAAGGGAAAACACACCUCUACAGAUCCCACAUCAACUAUGAUUGAGAAAACUACACUUUCACCUGUUACUUCUACCUCUCAAGGACAAAAUGUCUCCUCCCUUGAUUUCCUGGCUGCACUAGUAACUUCUAUUCAUGAAACAAACUCAAAUGGACAAGACACAAGUGCAACUUCUGGGAGCAACUCAAUUCAAAGCCUGGAUACUAUAGGGCUUUCAACUCCAGGUUCUUCAUAUAACAUGAAAACCUUUCAGACAAGUCACAUUUCCCCAAAAAAUCCGGCAACAAGAGUAGAAACUGAUAGUCCUGCAAUGCAUCCCCAAGGCACUGUCCUAGUUAAUUCAGUUCCAUCAAGAAUAACAGAAAUUAUGAUCUCACAAAGCAAUUGGGACACAAUUUCCCCAUCAAUGCCCUUAUCUAGUCCUGUACAUGCAGAAACUCAGAAAGCUUUCCCCAUAACUUCAAUAGAACAGGAAACCACCAGGUCUGAAGAUACUGAUUUAAUGAAAAAACAUAGUUCUGGUCUUCUUACAGUGUCCACUAGCACAUACCCUGGAAUUUCAAGAACAGAAGCUAACUCAACUGAUACAACAUCCACUUCAAAUUCUGUAUCCUUUGCAAAGACAACAGACACCUCAGUGGGAAAUGCCUCCAGUAGCUCUACACUUUUCUUUCCAAGGACUGACAUCAGUCAAGUAGUUAAUGUUGAGGAAUCAUCCAACAUCACCACUCUUUUGAACACAUCAGAUCCUAUAACUUAUUCUGGGGCUCUCUCUACUGUAACUCAGACAUUUUUACAUUCAGACUCAAUCUCUCAUCCCAGCAGUUCUGAGUUACUCUCAUGGACAGACUCUCCACUCCAUGAAGCAACUUCCUCUGUGAAUUCUAUAGAAACUAUACAUACAUCAUCUUUUCCUGUUACUUCUCCAUCAGAAGGACAAGGGCUCUUCUUUCCCUCUUCUGAGGAAACAACUACAGAGGAGUUGGACACAAACUUAGCUUUCUUUAAAACUUCAUUUCCAAGCUGGAGCAAUAGUGAACUAGCAAUUUCAAAGGACACCAGAACCUCACAAAAAUCUUAUAAUUCCACCAAAACUGAAGUGAGCCCUGUAAACAUAACUACAUCUGAACCUCCGGCCCAAUACACUGUAUCACCUGAGACUCUUUCGGCAGAUAGUACUGCCUCUUCCUUGUUGAUAAUACCAACCAAGAUUUCUGCUUCUGCUUCUCCUCUAUUACCACAGAGAUCAAACUCCACUUCUUUUCCUAAGACUUCAUUCCCCACUUCUGAAUUGUUUAAGACAACAGAUAUAUUGGAUAGAAGCUUGGAAACUGGAAUAAGUUUACCUCCAAACUUGAGAAGCACAUCACUUGAAAUACUGGGUUUAUCUGAAGUUGUUACUGAUACAGAAAAACAUCAUUCUUCCUCAAGUUUCACAGUAACCAAUGUGAAUACUAUUACUGUGGGUCAUGAACUAAGUUCCUCUGUAUCAACACUCUCUGAGUCAUCUAGAGACGCUGAUACAUCAGGAACUCCUCCCUCUGUAUGGGUGACUACUAUACUCACAUCAUUGCCUAACCAUUUAGAAACAACAAGAUCUAAUACUGAUUCAUUUUCCCAUUUGACUUCUGGAUUGAGGGACACUAGCAUAUCCCUACAAACAAACAAACCUUCACCUCUUGAAUCCACUCUCCACUUGCCAAGUUCUGAGACUGAUGUUGCUACUGCUGUGAAUAUACCAACCCCAUAUCAGAGUCCAUCUCCAAAGUUCACUGACAUUCCAAUAGCAACAGCUACCAUUUUAAAUCCUUCCUCAUCUAUUGUAGAGUCUACUGGGGCAACAUCCUUCCCGGAAUAUGAUUUUACUAUGCUUUCACGAGAAAAUAUCCAUGUUCCAAGAACUGAUAUACUGCCUUCAGCUGAAACCACUUUGAUUGACACAACAGCAACACUUUCUCCCAGAGGGAUGACCUUCUUUGCCACAACCAGUAACCCAACAGGCAUUUCAGCUGUGACUUCUGAGAGUUCCCAUUCUAUGAUACAGUCAAGCCAUUUGUUUGCUACCAUUGUAAAAAAGCCACCUUCUUCAAUUUCAACACCAUUGCCCUAUCCUAUUUCCACUACUACUGACACUGCAGCCAGCUCAUCCCUCCAGAGGAUUACUACUCCUUCAGAAAUGGAAGAUGGCAUGCAAUACCACACAGACAUAUCUAAUGGAGCUGUCCAUGGAGACACUGCAGGCCUGGGCAAGGGUUCUCUGGCUUCUACAUCAUCUGCUAACCAUAAAGAUCUAACCACAGAGGGGACAGUAAAAGCAGACACUACUACCAGAGCUCUGAAGGCCUCUUCCAUUUUCACUCCAAACACCAAAAUGUCAACUACAAUUUCAACACCCCCGACUCACAUCAAGACAUCAAAGAAAACAACCAACAUCAACACAACAGAGAUGAUUAUCACAGCCUCAGAUGCUUCCCACAACUUACUAGAGAUGGCACCAUCAUUUUCCACAGGCCUUAGAGAAAAUAUUAGCAUGGUUGCCAGGACAAGCCCAUCUUCUUACAGUAGAAAACCAGAAAUUACAAUCCCCCAGAUUCCCAGUCUUAAGACAAAGACCAUCCCAAAUGUUAAUACUUUGACAGUCUCCUCUGCUGAGUCUGAUACAAUCUCAUGGAUUACCCAUGCUUUAGAGAUUACUUCAGCUAUUGCCAAGACAACCAAAAAUGCUUCACAAGUUGAAUUAGAUUCCAAGGUGUCCACAGCCACCAGUUCCAGAGGAAAAGACAGGUCAACCCUUUCAACAGCAGCUGUUUCCUCUGCCAUACCAGAUUUGGCAUCUAUUGAACAAGAAGACAGAUUGUUUGGUCCAACUAUAUCCAUCUCAUCUAGUAUUCCUGAUAUGAAAAACUUAGAAGGCUACAGUUCUAAGGAAGAUAUAGGAACAUCUAAACCAAUUCUGACUCAUUCACCUUCUGAGCCAUAUAAUACAAUUUCUCUUAUCUCUCAUGCUGGGGGAAAGACUGAUUCACCCAUGUCUACUAUUGCUGUCUCUCCAGAUGUAACAGAAAUAAUGAGACCACUGUUCACAAGCUCUGGGAGAAGAAUCCAUACAAGAAACCCAACCCAAGGUCAAUCAGUGACCACCUCAUGGAUCACCCAUCCUGGAACAGAAGCCACUUCAAGGGUGUUAACUACAACAAUAUCACCUAAUAAUCAAGAGGUGGAAACCUCAAAAUCUGCAAAUCCUUCUAAACUACAGACGACAACUUCAUUGAUAACAGAUAGCAAGGAACAGCCCAGUUUCACCAUGUCUACUCUGGCUGUCUCUCUGGGUGUAAUAGAAGGAACCCCAUCACCAGUUAUUAACAGGGGCACAGAAAGGAAUUCAAGGACUGCAACUCUAGACUUUUUCCUAGACCUACCAGAGACCACAACCUCUUGGACCACUAACCCUGAAAAAGAAGCCAUUUCAGGCAUUCUAACUACAAAGUAUGCACCUAGUGUUACAGACAGGAUGACCACAAUAAACCUGAACCAUACUCCUCCUGAACCACAGAACAUAACAUCAUUAGCUACUCAUUAUGUAAGACACAGUUUAAUCACAUCUACCAAAGUUGUCCAUCCAGAUAUAGAAGAAGUGAAACCAUCACAGGUCACUAGCUCAGUCACAGAAAGUCAUGUAAUGACUUCAAAUAUGGCUUUUUCACCAGGAAAACAUGAAACUAUAAACCCAUUCGUCACACAUCCUAGAAGAAAAGUAACUUCAGGGAUUCUAACUGCAGCCAUCUCACCUAGUGUUACCAACAUGAUGACCUUCACACCUGUGAAACACUCUCCUUCUGAACCACAACCCAUAGAAUCAUUGGACACAAAUGCUGAGGGACAUCCCAGUGCAUCCAUGUCUACACAGGCUCUCUCUCCAGGUAUGAGAGAAAUGAUGAUACCACAGGCCCCUAAUUAUGGAAGAGAAACAUAUAUCACCACUUCAACUCUUCCUGUUUCUGUAGGUCAAAUAGAGUCCACAGCCUCAUUGGUGACUCAUGCAGAAAAAGAAGCAACUUUGGGGGUUUUACCUACUACCGUUUCAACUAUUAGUCCAAAUAUGAUGGCUUCAACAGAACUUAUGUCUUCUGGACCACACACCACAGCUUCAUUGGUCACCCAUAAUGGAGAACAACAUAGUUCAGAUAUGUCUACACUGCCUGCCUCUUCAGGUAUAACAAAAAUAAAACAAUCACUGGACACUACCACAGGCAAAGAAAGCCAGUCGGUCAUUACAACUCUAGCUGUUUCCCUAGGCAUACCAAAGACUAAAUCUAUAAACACAACAUCAAAUGUUCCAGACAUGAUGAUCUCAAAAUCUUGGAACCAUACUUCUUCGAAUGUGCACACCAUAACAUCACUGGUUACCCAUGCUGGGACACAGUCCAGUUUUUCCAAGUCUACUAAGGCAGCCUCUCCAAGUAUAACAAAAUUAACAGCAUCACUGUUCACAGACACAGACACAGAAAAUGUUGCAAUAACUGCUCUGCCUACUUCUUCAGGUCAAAUGGAAAAAAGAGCACCAUCAGUCACCAAACCUGAAAAAGAAACCAUUUCAGACGUCUUAUCUAUCACCACUUCAACUAGUGUUCAACAAAUGAUGAUCUCACCAACUGUUAUUCCUUCUGAACCACAUACCACAGUUUCAUUCGAUACCCAUGUUGGGGGGCAACCCAGUUCAACCAUGUCAAUUCUACCAGUCACUUCAGAUUCAACAAAAAUCAUAUCAUCACUGGGCACAAGAUCUGGCACAGAAAGCCAUUCAGUGACUUCUACUAUGGAUAUUUCCCAAGGUCAAUUGGAGACCACAGCCUCAGGAGACACCCAUACUGAAAGAGAAGGCAAUUCACUUACACUAUCUACAGUCAUCUCAACUAGUGCUCCAGACAUAAUGACCUCAACAAAUGAGAAUCAAACUUCUUCUGAUAGACAGACCAUAAUAUCAUUACUCACCCUUGCUGGAGAAGACACAAGUUUAUCUGUGCCUUCUCAGGGUGGCUCUCCAGGUAUAAUGAAAGUGACACCAUCAUUAUUCACUGAUGUAGGGACAGAAGGCUAUGCAAUAACUUCAACUCUGCCUGUGUUUUCAGGUCAACCAGACACUAGAACACCAUGGGACAAACAUUCUGAAACAAAAGUCACUACAGUGGUACUACCUACCACCAUUUCAACUAGUGUUCCAGAAAUUAUGACAUCACCAACUCCUAUUCCUUCUGAAGCACAUACCACAGUUUCAUUAAUCACCCAUGCUGGGGGAGCACCCAGUUUGGCUAUGUCUACACUGCCUGUCUCAGGAGCUUUAACAGAAAACAUACCAUCAAAGGUAACUUACCGUGGCAAAGAAGGGAAUUCAGUUACUUCAGCUCUAGAUGUUUCCUGGGAUCAAAAAGAAUCCACAGCUCCAUGGGUCUCCUAUCAGGCAAAAGAAGGACCUUCAGAGGUUCUUUCUACAAACAUCUCAACCAGGGCUCCAGACAUGGUAUUUUCAACAAAUAAGAAUCAAACAUCUUCUGAUACACAGACCAUGACAUCAUUAAUCACUCAAACUGGGGAACAGACCAGUUUAUCUGAGUCUACUCAAGGUGUGUCUUCAGCUAUAACAAAAAUGACACAAUCGAUAUUCAAUGACUUGGGCACAGAAAGCUAUGAAAUGACUUCAACUCUGCCUGCUUCUUCACAUCAAUCAGAGACUAGAACCAAAUGGAUCACUCAUUCUAAGAUAGAACAAAUGUCAGGAGUUCUAUCUACAACAAAUUCUUCUAGUGCACCAAAAAUGAUGACUUCAACUCCUAUUACUUCUGAACUACAUGCCACAGUUUCAUUAGUCACCCAUGUUGGGGCACAACACAGUUCAACCAUGUCUGCUUUGACUGCAUCUCCAGGUAAAACAGAAAUCAUGCCUUCAGAGCAAACUCACACUGGCACAGAAAUCCAUUCAGUGACUUCAACUCUGGAUGUUUCUGCAGGUCAAGAAGAAUUAACAACUGCAUGGGUAACCCAAUCAGAGAAAGAAAGAACUUCAGGGGUUCUUUCUACAGCAAUCUCACUUAGUGUUCCAAACAUGACAUCAGCAACACUAAACAAUAAUUCUCUUGAUAUACGGACCAUAACAGCUUUUAUGAAACAUCCUGCGGGAAAGUCCAGUUUAUCUAUGUCCACUGAGGGCAUCUCUCCCAGGAUAACAGAAGUGACACCAUCACUAUUCACUGACUUAGGCACAGAAAGCUAUGCAAUGACUUCAACUAUGCCUGCUUCUUCAGGACAAUCAGAGACUAGAAAAUCAUGGAACACUAAUUCUGAAAUGGAAGCCACUCCUGGAGUUCUAUCUACUAGCAUUACAACCAAUGUUUCAGAAAUGAUUACCUCAUCUACUAGUUUUCCUUCUGAACCACAUACCACAGUUUCAUUAGUAACCCAACUUGGGGGAAAUUCCAGUUCACCCAUGUCUGCUCUGCCUGCUUCUCCAGGUAGAACAGAAAUCAAGUCAUCACUGGUCACUUACCCUGACACAGAAAGCUAUUCAGUAACUUCUACUCUGGAUAUUUUCACAGGUGAAGCAGAAUCCACAACCCCAGCAAGUACCCAUACUGGAAGAGAAGGCACUUCAGAGACUGUAACUAGAAACACCUCAACUAGUGUACCAGAUAUGAUGACCUCAAUAACUAAGAGGCACUCUGCCUCUAAUACACAGAUCAUGGAAUCACUGGUGGAUUCCAUGGAAAUCCACCAUGGAGGAAAGCCCAGUUUGUCUGUGUCUUCUCAGCAUGUCACUCCAGAUAUAACAGAAGUAACACAAUCACUCUUCACCAACUUGGGCUAUGAAAGAAACACAGUGAUUCCUACUCUGCCUGUAUCCCCAGGUCAGCCAGAUACUCAAGCAACAUGGGUCAUUCACUCAGAAAAGGAAGCAACCUCUAGAGUUCUACCUACCUCCACUUCACCCCAUGUUUCAGAACCGAAGGCCUCACCAACUGAUAUUCCUUCAGAACCACAAAAUACAGUUUCAUUACUAACCCAAGUUGGGGGACAGUCCAGUUCAGCCAUGUAUAUUCUGCAAACCUCUACAGGUAGAACAAAAAUCAAACCAUCAGUGGUCACUCAACCUGGCACAGAAAGCUUUGCAAUGCUUUCGACUCCAGAUAUUUCCCAAGGACAAACAGAAUCCGCAACACCUUGGCCCACCCAUCCUCCUAAAAAAGGGACUUCAGAAGUACUAUCAACAACCAUCUCCAACAGUUCUCCAGCUACAAUGACUUCAAUAACUAAGAAUCAAACUUCUUUUGAUUCACAAAACAUAACAUCAUUUAUCACCCAUGCUGAGGUACAACCCAGUUUAUCUGUGUCUAUGCAGGAUAUCUCUACUGGCAAAGCAAAAGUGUCAACAUCACAAUUCACUGACUUAGGUAGAGAAAACUGUGCAAUGACUUCAAUGUUGCCUGCUUUAUCAGGACAAGUAGAAACUAAAGCACCAUGGGACACUAAUUCUGAAAUGGAAGGGAUUUUUGGGCCCGUAUCUACCAUUAUUUCAUCUAGUGUCCCAGAAAUGAUGACCUCACCAAAUGUUAUUCCUUCAGAACCACAUACCAAAGUUCCAUUAUCCAACCAUGAUGUGGGGCAACCCACGUCAAUAAUGUCUACUUUGCAUGUCUUGCCAAGUAUACCAGAAUUUAAACCAAAACUGGACACUAGCUAUGGAGCAGAAAGCCAGUCAUUGACUUCUACAAUGGGGAUUUUCGUAGAUCAAGCAAGAUCCACAAACACAUGGGCAACCCAUACUGGGAGAAAAGACACGUCAGGAAUUGAAUCUAGAUUAAUCUCAACAAGUGCUCCAGAGAUGAUGACUUCAAUAACAAAGAAUCAAACUUCUUCUGAAACAAAGACCAUAACACCAUAUGUCAUCCAGGCUGGAGGAGAAAGCACUUCAGGGACUGUAUCUAAAAUAAUCUCAACCAGUGCACCUGAGAAAAUGAAUUCAGUAACUAAGAAUCAAACUUCUUCUGAUACACAGAUCACCCAUGCUGGAGAACAGCCCAGCUUAUCUGUGUCUACACAGGAUAUCUCUCCCAGGAUAACAGAAGUGAUACCAUCAGAGUUCACUGACAUAGGCCCAAAAAGGUUUGCAAUGACUUCAACUUUGCCUGCUUCACCAGGUCAAGCAGAAACUAAUGGGACCAUUACACCAUGGAACAGUAAUUCUGAAAUGGAAGCUACUUCUGGGCCUUUAUCUACAACUAUUUUACCUGGUGUUCAGGAAAUGAUGACCUCACCAUCUGUAUUUCCUUCAGAACAACAAACUACAGUUCCAUUAGUCAGCCAUUAUGUGGGACAACCAACGUCAGUCAUGUCUACUCUCCCAUUCUCUCCAGGUAGAACAGAAAAUAUGCCAUCACUGGUCUCUAGCUCUGGUAUACAAAGUCAUUCAGUGACUUCAAUUAAGGAUACUUCUGUAAAUAAAGCAGUAUCCACAACCACAUGGGCCACACAUACUGGAAGAGAAAACACUUCAGGAACUGAAUCUACAUUAAUCUCAACUAGUGCUCCAGAGACGAUAACUUCAAUAACCAAACAUCAAACUUCUGCUGAUACACAGACCAUAAUGUCAUUCAUCACCCAUCCUGCAGGACAACCCAGUUUAUCGGUGUCUCCCUAUGGUGCCUCUCCCGGGAUAACAGUAGUGACACCAUCACAAUUCAGUGACUUAGGCACAGAAAGCUAUGCAAUGGCUUCAACUUUGCCUGCCUCACCAGGUCAAGCAGAAUCUAAGACACCAUGGGACACUCAUUCUGAAAUGGAAGCCACUUCUGGGCCAGUACCCACUACUAUUUCACCUGGUGUUUUAGAAACGAUGACCUCACCAACAGUUAUUCCUUCAGAACCACCUACUAAAGUUCCAUUAGUCACCCAUGUUGUGGGGCCAUCCACUUCAUCCAUGUCUACUUUACAUGUCUCUCCAGGUAUACCAGAAAUUACACCAUCAGUGGUCACUAGCUAUGGCCCAGAAAGCCAUUCAGCAACUUCUACACAGGUUAUUUCCAUAGAUCAAGCAGGAUCUACAACCACAUGGUCUGCCCAUACUGGAAGAGGAAAUACUUCAGGAACUGAAUCUACAUUAAUCUCAUCCAGCGGUUCAGAGAUGAUGACUUCAAUAAAGAAAAUUCAAACUUCCUCUGAAACACAGACCAUAACUUCAUUCAUCACUCAUGCUGGAGGAGAAAGCACUUCAGGGACUGUAUCUACAGUAAUCUCAACCAGUGCUCCUGAGAUGGUGAAUUCAUUAACUAAGAAUCAAACUUCUUCUGAUACACAGAUCACCCAUGCUGGAGAACAGCCCAGUUUAUCUGUGUCUACUCAGGAUGUCUCUCCCAGGAUAACAGAAGUGACACCAUCAGAGUUCACUGACUUAAGCUCAAAUAACUAUGCAAUGGCUUCAACUUUGCCUUCUUCACCUGGGCUAGAAGAAACUAAGACUCCAUGGAACAGUAAUUCUGAAAUGGAAGCCACUUCUGGGCAUUUAUCUACCACUAUUUCACAUGGUGUUCCACAAAUGAUGACAGCAACAACUGUUAUUCCUUCACAACCACAUAGUACACUUCCAAUAGUCACACACAUUCCUGGGCAACAGACUUCAGUCAUGUCUAUUUUUCCUUUUUCUCCAGGUAGAACAGAAAGAAUGCCAUCACUGUUCCCUAGCCCAAGUAGAGAGAACCAUUUAGUAAGUUCUACUCAGGAUAUUUCUAUUGAUCAAGCAGUAUCAACAACACCAUGGCCCAACCAUACUGGAAAUAAAAUCACUUCAGGAACUAAAUCUACAUUAAUCUCAACAAGUUCUGCAGAGACAAUGACUUCCAUAACUAAGAAUCAAACUUCUUCUGCUACACAGACAUCAUUCAUCAGUCAUGCUGCAGGAGAGUCAAGUUUAUCUGGGUCUACCUAUGGUGUCUCCUUUGGGAUAACACAACUGUCACCAUCACAAUUCACUGACUUAGGCACAAAAAACUAUGCAAUGACUUCAACUUUCCCUGCUUCACCUAGUGAAAUAGAAACUAAGGCACCAUGGAACACUAAUUCUAAAAUGGAAGCCUCUUCUGGGCCCUUAUCUACCACUAUUUCAUCUGGUGUUUCAGAAAUGAGGACAGCACCAACUGUUGCUUCUUCAGAAACACAUACUAAAGUUGCAUUAGUCACACACAUUAUUGGGCAACUGACAUCAGUCGGGUCUACUCUCCCUUUUUCUUCAGGUAAAAUAGAAAAUAUGCCAUCACUGGUCUCUAGCUCUGGCAUACAAAGUCAUUCAGGGACUUCAAUUCAGGAUACUUCUGUAAACCAAGCAGUAUCCACAACCACAUGGGCCACACAUACUGGAAGAGAAAACACUUCAGGGACUGAAUCUACAUUAAUCUCAACUAGUGCUCCAGAGACGAUAACUUCAAUAACCAAACAUCAAACUUCUUCUGACACACAGACCAUAACGUCAUUCAUCACCCACUCUGCAGGACAACCCAGUUUAUCGGUGUCUCCCUAUGGUGCCUCUCCCGGGAUAACAGUAGUGACACCAUCACAAUUCAGUGACUUAGGCACAGAAAGCAACACAAUGACUUCAACUUUGCCUGCUUCACCAGGUCAAGCAGAAUCUAAGACACCAUGGGACACUCAUUCUGAAAUGGAAGCCACUUCUGGGCCAGUACCCACUACUAUUUCACCUGGUGUUUUAGAAACGAUGACCUCACCAACAGUUAUUCCUUCAGAACCACCUACUAAAGUUCCAUUAGUUACCCAUGUUGUGGGGCCAUCCACUUCAUCCAUGUCUACUUUACAUGUCUCUCCAGGUAUACCAGAAAUUUCACCAUCAGUGGUCACUAGCUAUGUCCCAGAAAGCCUUUCUGUGGCUUCUACAAUGAGUAUUUUCAUUGAUCAAGCAGGAUCCACAACCACAUGGUCUGCCCAAACUGGAAGAGGAAACACUUCAGGAACUGAAUCUACAUUACUCUCAACCAGUGCUCCAGAGUUGAUGACUUCACUAACAAGGAAUCCAAAUUCUUCUGAAACAGAGGCUAUAACAUCAUUCAUUACCCAUCCUGGAGAAGAAAGCACUUCAGGGACUGUAUCUACAAUAAUCUCAAGCAGGGCUCCUGAUGUGAUGACUUCAGUAACUAAGAAUCAAACUUCUUCUGAAACACAGACCAUAACAUCAUUCAUCACCCAUCAUGGAGGACAGCCCAGUUUAUCUGUGUCUACUCAGGGUGUCUCUCCCAGGAUAACAGUAGUGACACCAUCAGAGUUCACUGACUUAAGCUCAAAAAGUUAUGCAAUGACUUCAUCUUUGCCUACUUCACCUGGGCUAGAAGAAACUAAGACACCAUGGGUCAGUAGUUCUGAAUUGGAAGCCACUUCUGGGCCUUUAUCUACCACUAUUUUACCUGGUGUUCAGGAAAUGAUGACCUCACCAUCUGUAUUUCCUUCAGAACAACAAACUACGGUUCCAUUAGUCAGCCAUUAUGUGGGACAACCAACUUCAGUCAUGUCUACUCUCCCAUUCUCUCCAGGCAGAACAGAAAGUAUUCCAUCAGUUUUCCCUAGCUCUGGCACAGAAAGCCAUUCAGUGACUUCUACUCAGGAUACUUCUAUAGAUCAAGCAGUAUCAAUAACCCCAUGGUCUACCCUCACUGGAAGAGGACACACUCUAGGAACUGAAUCUCCAUUAAUCUCAACCAGUGCUCCAGAGACAAUAACUUCAAUAACUAAGAAUGGAACUUCUUCUGAUACACAGACCAUAACAUCAUUCAUCACCCAUCAUGGAGGACAGCCCAGUUUAUCUGUGUCUACUCAGGGUGUCUCUCCUGGGAUAACAGAAGUGACACUGUCACAAUUCACUGACUUCAGCACAAAAAACUAUGCAAUGACUUCAACUUUGCCUGCUUCACCAGGUCAAGCAGAAUCUAAGACAUUAUGGAACACUAAUUCUGAAAUGGAAACCAAUUCUGGGCCUUUAUCUUCUACCAUUUCAUCUGUUGUUCAGGAAAUGAUGACCUCACCAACAGUUAUUUCCUCAGAACCACAUACUAACGUUCCAUUAGUCUCUUCUGAUGUGGUACAAUCCAGUUCAUCCAUGUCUACUCUGUCUGUCUCUCCAGGUACACCAGAAAUUACACCAUCUGUGGUCACUAGCUAUGUUUCAGAAAGCCAUUCAUUGCCUUCCACUCUGCCAGUUUCUUCAAGUCAAUCCAAAUCCCCAGCCCAAUGGAUCACCCAUACUGGGCAUGAAGGGGCUUCAGGGAAUCUAUCUCCAACGAUCUCACCUAGCGUUCCAGAAAUUAUGACCGUAACAACAUUAAAUCAUACUCUUCCUAAAUCACUGACUAUAACAUCAUUGUCUACUCAAGUUGGUGUCCAACCAAGUUUAAAUAGGACCACCACAGCAUUUUCUCCAAGUAUACCAAAAUUGACAUCACUGAGUACAAAUUUGGGUAUAGAAAGCCACCAUACCACUGUGUCUUUGUCUCCAAGUCUAUCAGAGACUAUAGCAUCUUUGGUGACUCAUUCUCAAAAAGAAGCUAGUUUAGGUGUUCUAACUACUACCAUUCCAUCUACUAUUCUAGACACGAUGACUUCACCAUCUCUUCUUACUUCUGAAUCAUAUACCACAAUUUCACUGACCACCCCUCUUGAGGGACAGCCUAGUUCAUCUAUGUCUACUCUGGCUGUUUCUCCUGGCGUAACAGAAAAGAUACCAUUACUAGUAACUAGUUCUAGCACAAACACCCAUUCAGUGUCUUCAACUCUGCAUGCUUCUCCAGGUCAACUAGAGACCCCUGCCUUGAUGGUCACCCCUCCUGAAAGAGAAGCCACCUCAAGUAUUCUAAGAACAGACAUCUCUCCCAGUAUUCCAGACUUGAUGGCCUCAAAAACUCAUAAUCCUUCUGAACAUACCACAAUAUCAUCGGUCACCUAUGUUGGGGGACAAUCCAGUCCAAGUAUUUCUACUCUGACUAAGUUUCCUAGUAUAAAAGAUAUAAUGACACCACUGGCCACUACCUCUGUGGUAGAGACACAUAAAACUGCUCCAACUCUGUCUGUUCCUGCAGAUCAAAGAGAGACCACAGCCUUGUGGGUCAUCCAUUCUGGAAAAGAACUCAUGUCAACAGUUUCCAGUCCACCUACUUUACCUGGUGAUUCAGAGAGGACUGAAACAUGGCUCAUACUUUCUGCCAAGACCAGCACCCCACACCCCACAAUAACUUCCACAUUUUCUUAUAAUGACAUCACUUCCUCAGUAUCUGAGGUAGAGACCAGCUCAGCCACAACUCUUUCAUCUGGUGCUUCUGAAGAAGCAGCCUCUCUCUCUGGCCACACUGGCACUGAGACAAGCACAUCCACUCUAACUGUAACCCCUUCGUCUACUUCACCAGGAACCACAGGCUUACAGCCUUCCAGCCCUUCCAAAGAAUAUACUCUGACUAUGUCCUCUAGUCUUCCUGUGUUUCCUGAUCAUUCUACAACUAGUAAAUUUGGUAUUGCAACUUCAAAGAAUAUAGAAACUUCACCAUCUCUCAGUACAGUUAGACUUUCGGAUUUUGUCAGUGAUGUCAUAAGCCCUGCCAUGACCUUGUCAUCAGAGUCUUCAACACAUGCACCCACUGACCUGGAAACUACACGUGAAACCACUCAUUCAGCUACUACAAGUUCAAAACCCACUGGGGAUAAGACUACAACUUCACUACAUGAAAGUUCUUCUGCCCUUCUGACCACACGUAGAAUAUCUACAUUGUCCCCUGAGAAUGUGACUUCAAGGCCAAGUUAUCACCAUCAGUACUGGACCCCUAAAACCAGCACUACAAACCCAUCUCUAGUGCCCUUCACCCUCAAUUUCACUAUAACCAACCUGCACCAUACAGAGGGCAUGGCAUCUCAAGGAUCUGAAAUAUUCAACAGCACAGAGAGGAUCUUGAAUAGCCUGCUCAAGCCCAUGUUCAAGAAUAGCAGUAUUGGACAUCUUUAUUCUGGUUGCAGACUGAUCACCCUGAGGCCUGAGAAAGAUGGAACAGCCACUGGAGUGGAUGCUGUUUGCACUCUCCAUUCUGAUCCCUUGGGCCUGCAGCUGGACAGAGAGAAGAUGUACUGGGAACUGAGCCAUAACACCCAGGGUGUCACCAAGCUAGGAUCCUUCACUUUAGAAAAGGACAGUCUGUACAUCAAUGGUUUUACACAUAUAAAAACCUCUGCUUCCACUCUCAACACUCCGGUGACUUCCUCUCUGUUUUUCACUGAGACCUCCACUGCAAAACCUACACUCUCUACAGUGCCUGGCUCUCCUCUGGUGCCUUUCAUCAUCAACUUCACCAUCACUAACCUUGAAUAUGAGGAGGGCAUGAGUCACGCUGGCUCCUGGAAGUUCAAUGCCACUGAAAAAAUCCUACAAAGACUGCUUUGGUCUUUGUUCAAUAAAACCAGUAUCGGCCUCCUGUAUUCUGACUGCAGACUGGCAUUGCUCAGGCCUGAGAAAGAUGGAGCAGCCACAGGAGUAGAUGCCAUCUGUACUCACCAUGCAGGCCCAAUUGGACCUGGGCUGGACAGUGAACGAGUAUUCUGGGAAUUGUGCAACCUGACCAACAAUGUCACUAAGCUGGGCCCUUAUACCUUAGACAAGAACAGCCUUUACAUCAAUGGUUAUACACACCAGAUCCAGUCCAUCACAUCUCCAACCACAAGCCCCUCUCUGCUACCCUUCACCCUCAAUUUCACUAUAACCAACCUGCAGCAUACAGAGGGUAUGGCAUUUCAAGGAUCUGAAAUAUUCAACAACACAGAGAGGAUCUUGAAUAGCCUGCUCAAGCCCAUAUUCAAGAAUAGCAGUAUUGGACAUCUUUAUUAUGGCUGCAGAUUGAUCUCGCUGAGGCCUGAGAAAGAUGGAACAGCCACUGGAGUGGAUGCUGUUUGCACUCUCCAUUCUGAUCCCUUGGGCCUGCAGCUGGACAGAGAGAAGAUGUACUGGGAACUGAGCCAUAACACCCAGGGUGUCACCAAGCUAGGAUCCUUCACUUUAGAAAAGGACAGUCUGUACAUCAAUGGUUUUACAUAUACAAAAAUCUCUGCUUCCACUCUCAACACUCCGGUGACUUCCUCUCUGUUUUUCACUGGGACCUCUACUGCAAAACCAAUCCUCUCUACAGUGCCACUCUCUUCUCUGGUGCCUUUCACCAUCAACUUCACCAUCACUAACCUCAAAUAUGAAGAGGGCAUGAAUCACCCUGGAUCAUGGAAGUUCAAUGCCACUGAAAGAAUCCUACAAAGACUGCUUUGGCCUUUGUUCAAUAAGACCAGUAUCAGCCUCCGGUAUUCUAACUGCAGACUGGCAUUACUCAGGCCUGAGAAAGAUGGAGCAGCCACAGGAGUAGAUGCCAUCUGUACUCACCAUGCAGGCCCAAUUGGACCUGGGCUGGACAGUGAACGAGUAUUCUGGGAAUUGUGCAACCUGACCAACAAUGUCACUCAGCUGGGCCCUUAUACCUUAGACAAGAACAGCCUUUACAUCAAUGGUUAUACACACCAGAUCCAGUCUAUCACAUCUCCAACAGCAGGGCCUGUCCUGGAGCAUUUUACUAUCAACUUCACCAUCAUUAACUUGAAGUUUGAGGAGGACAUGAGUCACCCUGGAUCUAGAAAGUUCAAUAUCACUGAAAGAACCCUUCAGAGAUUGCUGAGGAUAUUGUUCAAAAAAUCCAGUGUCGGAGCCCUGUAUUCUGGCUGCAAACUCUCCUUGCUCAGACCUGAAAAUGAUGGUGCAGGCACAGGAGUAGAUGCUGUCUGCACUCACUACCCUGAUCCCACUGGCCUUGGACUGGACAGAAAGAUGUUAUAUGGGGAGAUCAGCAGGCUGACCUAUGGUGUCAAAAGAUUGGGCCCUUACACUCUGAAUGACAAAAGUCUUUAUGUCAAUGGUUACACACAUCAGAUUGUGGCUACCACUACUCAGAUGGCAAUGAUGACCAUUGCUUCUAUGGGGAUGAUAAACAACUCUCCCAGUCCUACAGCAGGUUCUGGGCUGGUUCCUUUUACCAUCAACUUCACUGUCACUAAUCUGAAGUAUGUGGAGAACAUGCAUCACCCUGGAUCCAGGAAGUUCAACACCACUGAAAGAAUCUUGCAGAAACUGCUCAAAGCAUUAUUCAGUAAAACCAGUGUUGGCCCCUUAUACUCUGGAUGCAGACUGAUCUUGCUCAGGCUUGAGCACAAUGGGACUGCCACAGGAGUAGACGCCAUCUGUACCUACCACCCCAACAUUUCUAAUCAAGGGCUAGACAGAGAGCGUGUAUACUGGGAGCUGAAAAGACUGAACAUCACGCAGCUAGGGCCCUACAUCGUGGACGAAAACAGUCUCUAUAUCAACGGUUAUACACAACAGAUUCUGUCCACCACCUCCAGGCCUUCAGUGAUGGCCACUGUUUCUGAAGGAAUGCCAAACAUUUCUUCUACCCCAACAGCAACCAGCCCUGUCCUGGUACCUUUCACCAUCAAUUUUACCAUCACUAACCUGGAGUUUAAGAAGGAUAUGGGUCGCCCUGGAUCCAGGAAGUUCAAUGUCACUGAGAGAACCCUACAAAGCCUGCUCAGACCUUUGUUCAUCAAAACCAGUGUUGGUCAGUUAUAUUCUGGCUGCAGGAUAACCUUACUCAGACCAGAGAAAAAUAGGGCAGCCACAGGAGUGGAUGCCACUUGUACCUACCACCUAGACCCUGCUGGCCACAGGCUGGAAAGUGAACAGAUAUAUGAGGAGCUGAGCAAUCUGACCCAGAGUGUCACCCAGCUGGGCCCCUAUAUCCUGGACCAGAACAGUCUCUAUGUCAACGGUUACACAGACCAGAUCCUGGCUACUACCCCCAGAGCCUUGAGCUCUGCUCUGCUAAGGUGCACUCUUAACUUCACUAUCACUAACCUACCCCACACGAAUGACAUGUGGGUCCCGGGAUCAGCCAAGUUCAAUAAAGUGGAGAAAAUCCUGAAGCUCCUGCUCAAACCCUUGUUCCAAAACACCAGUGUUGGCCUGCUGUAUUCUGGUUGCAGACUGACCUCACUCAGGCCAAAGAAGGAUGGAGAGGCUACCAGAGUAGACAUGGUCUGUACUUACCACCCAAACACCACAGGAACUGGUCUGGACAGAGAGCAAUUAUACUUGGAACUUGAACAACUCACCCACAACAUUACUCAACUGGGUCCCUAUAGCCUUGACCAGAAUAGUCUCUAUGUCAAUGGUUACACACACCAGACUGCAGUAACCAGCCCCAGCAAAUCACCCUUGGAGAUAUUUACCUUCAACUUCACUAUCACCAAUCUACUGUACACGGAGAACAUGCAGCCCCCAGGAUCCAAGAAAUUUAACACCAUAGAAAAGAUCCUGCAAGGCCUGCUUGGAUCCUUGUUUAAGAACACCAGUAUAGGCCCUUUGUACACUGGCUGCAGACUGACUUCGCUCAGUUCCAGGAAGGAUGGAAAAGCCACUGAAGUAGACACAGUUUGUUCCUAUUACGCUGACCACAUGGGUCCUGGGCUGGCCACAGAGCAACUCUACCUGGAGCUGAGCAACUUGACCCAUGGUGUCACUAAACUGGGCCCCUACACUCUGGAUCAGGACAGUCUCUAUGUUAAUGAUUACACAUAUUCAGCCUCAAGUAUCUUCCAUAAUACUUCCUCUCUGGUUCCAUACUCUACAAACAAUUCCACAGGCAACGGUACUGUCAUGGUAUCCAUUACUCUCAACUUCACCAUAACCAACUUGCAUUAUACAGAGGAGAUGGGGCAUCCAGGUUCCUUGAAGUUCAACUCUACUAAGUGGACCUUACAUUAUUGGCUUGAUACCCUGCUCAAUAAGACCAGUAUUGCCCCACUCUACUCUGGAUGCAGAUUGGCUUCACUCAGGUCUGACGAUCAUAGAGCAGCCACAGAAGUUGAUGUCAUCUGUAACUUCCACUCUUACUCCAUGAGUCCUGGAGUAAACCAAGAUCAACUAUUUUGGGAGUUGAGCCAUGGGACCCAUGGAAUCACCCAUCUGGGCCCCUACACCCUGGACCAGAACAGUCUCUACAUAAAUGGUAAUAGUUUUGGAGCUGCAGCACCAAAUACCACCACUGGAGAACUCAGUGAGGAGCUGUUCACAGUGAACUUCACCAUUAACAACCUGCGCUACUCAGCUGAUAUGAGUCAGAUUGGCUCCCCCAAAUUCAAUAUCACAGAUACACUCAUGCAGCACCUGCUCGGCCCUUUGUUUCAGAGGAGCAGUCUUGGCCCCCUAUACACAGGCUGUAGAGUAGCCACUCUAAGGUCAAUGAAGAAUGGUGCCCAGACCCAAGUAGAUGUCCUUUGCACUUACCGCCGAGUUUUCAACAGUCAGGGACUGCCUGCCAAGCCAAUUUUCUAUGACCUAAGCUGGCAGACUCAUGGAAUCACCAAGUUGGGUCCUUACUCCUUGGAUAAAGACAGCCUUUUCAUCAAUGGCUACAAUGAACCUGGUCCAGAUGUACCUCCUACAACUCCAGAGCCAGCCACCACUAUCUUGCCCUCCCCAACAACAUCUUUGCAGCCAGAGUCCAACACAGUUAUGUGGCACAAGCCGGAAACCUUCACAAUCAACUUCACCAUCUCCAACCUUCCAUAUUCAGUAGACAUGAUCAGUGGCUCAGCCAUAUUCAACUCCACUGAGAAUGUCCUACAACGCCUGCUGGGACCCUUGUUCCAAAAUGACUCCUUCAACUCAAGUUGCAGACUGACCUCCCUCAGGCCUGAGAAGAAUGGGAUGUUCACAGGUGUGGUUACCACCUGCACCUACCAAAAUGACCCUGCACAUCCUGGAAUGGACAUACAGGGUCUAUACUCAGAACUGAGUCAUCUGAGCCAUGGAGUCACCCAGCUGGGAAACUACACACUGGAGGAGCAUAGUCUCUAUGUGAAUGGUUACCCCAUUCUUGGUCCAGACAUACUUACUACAACUCCUGAGCCAAGUACCACCAUCCUGCCUUUUACACUGACAUCUGUGCAGCCAGAAUCCACCACAGCUAGAGCGCACCAUCUGAAGACCAUCACAAUCAACUUUACCAUCUCUAAUCUUCCAUAUUCAGCAGAAAUGAACUAUAGCUCAGCCAUGUUCAACUCUACUGAGAGUGUUCUACAGCACCUGCUUAGACCCUUGUUCCAGAAUAACUCCUUCAACGCAAGCUGUAGACUGACCUCCCUAAGGCCUGAGAAGAAUCAAAACUCAACUAAUGUGAAUGUAAUUUGCUCCUACCAACAUUACUCUGCACAUCCUGGGCUGCACACACAGGAGUUGUAUUCAGAGCUGAGCCAUCUGACCCAUGGAUUUACUCAACUGGGCAACUAUACAUUGGACAAAGAUAGUCUCUAUGUAAAUGGUUAUAAUGAAAUUGGUACAAAAGAACCAACCACAAAUCCUGAAACAGCCACUACUAUGCUGCCUUCCCCAUCAAUACUUGUGCAAACAGAAUCCACCACAGCUGUGGGGUACCAUUUGAAGACUGUCACAGUCAGCUUCACUAUUUCCAAUCUUCCAUAUUCAGCACAUAUGAACAAUGGCUCAGCUGUGUUCAACUCUACUGAGACUGUUCUGAAGCAUCUGCUGGAACCCUUGCUCCAUAAUGGUUCUUUCAACUCCAGUUGCAGACUGGAUUCACUCAGGCCUGAAAAAAAUGGAACAGCUACUGCUGUAGAAGCCAUCUGCACCUACUACCAUAACGCUGCAAAUUCUGGGAUUGACACCCAGGAACUGUACUCAGAGCUGAGUCAUCUUACCUAUGGAAUCACCCAGCUGGGCAACUAUACACUUGACCAAGAAAGUCUACAUGUCAGUGGUUAUAAUGAACCUCAUCCAGAAGAACCUCCUACAACUCCUGAACCAACCACCACUAUGCAACCUUCUCCAUCUACAGCUUUGCAUCCAGAACCUACCACAGGGCACCAUCUAAAGAUUCUUACAAUCAACUUCACCAUAUCCAACCUUCCAUAUUUAUCAAAUAUGAGCAAUGGCUCAGCCAUGUUUAACUCAACAGAGAGUGUCGUGCAAUACUUGCUUAGUCACUUGUUCCAGAAUGGCUCCUUCAAUUCAAGUUGCACACUGGAUUCCCUUAGGUCUAGGAAGAAUGGAACAGCCACUGGUGUGAAUGUUAUCUGCAUCUACCACCAUGACCCUGAAAAUCCUGAGAUGGACAUCCAUGGGCUGUACCUAGAGAUUAACAAUCUAACUCAUGGAAUCACCCAGCUGGGCAACUACUCACUGGACAAUGGUAGUCUAUAUAUCAAUGGUUAUAAUGAACAUGGUGUAGAAGAACUUUAUACAGCUCCAGAGUCACCUAGCACCAUUGUGCCUUCUUCAUCAACAUUUGUGAAAGGAGAACCCACUGUGGCUAUGGGGAAUUUGAAGACUUUCACACUCAAUUUCACCAUCUCCAACCUCCCAUACUCAACAGACAUGAGUAGUGGCUCAGCCAUGUUCAAUUCCACUGAAAGGAUACUGCAGCACCUGAUUAGACCCUUGGUCCAGAAUGAAUCCCUUUACUCAAAUUGCAGACUGGCUUCCCUCAGGCCUAAGAAGAAUGGAACAGCCACUGGGGUGAAUGCUAUUUGCUCCUAUCACCAAAACCCAGACCAUCCUGAGCUUGACACUCAGGAGCUGUAUACAAAGCUGACCCAGCUGACCCAAGGAGUCACCCAGCUGGGCAGCUACAUGUUGGACCAGAAUAGUAUCUAUGUCAAUGGUUACACUCACCAGACUGCAGAAACUACAUCUAGUGGCUAUGUGCCACUGAAUAUAACCAUACAGGGCAAGUACCAGCUAAACUUCUGCAUCAUCAACUGGAACCUUAACAACACAGACCCAACAUCUUCAGAAUAUAUUACCCUAGAGAGGGACAUCGAAGACAAGGUCACCACACUCUACACAGGCAGCCAGCUAAAAGAAGUCUUCCAGUCUUGCCUGGUCACCAACAUGACGUCUGGCUCCACAGUGGUCACUCUUGAGGCACUGUUCUCCUCUCAUCUGGAUCCCAACCUUGUGAAGCAAGUCUUCUUGAAUAAGACACUGAAUGCCUCCUCCCACUGGCUGGGUGCCACCUACCAGUUGAAAGAUCUGCACGUGAUAGACAUGAAGACAUCCAUUCUUCUGCCAGCAGAAAUACCAACAACCAGUUCCAGUUCUCAGCAUUUCAACCUGAACUUCACCAUCACCAACCUACCCUAUUCCCAAGACAUAGCCCAGCCAAGCACCACCAAAUACCAGCAAACCAAAAGAAGUAUUGAAAAUGCGCUCAAUCAGCUUUUCAGAAACAGCAGCAUCAAGAGUUACUUUUCUGACUGUCAAGUAUUAGCCUUCAGGUCUGUCUCCAACAACAACAACCACACAGGGGUAGAUUCCCUAUGUAACUUCUCACCAUUGGCUCGGCGAGUAGACAGAGUUGCUAUCUAUGAGGAAUUCCUUCGAAUGACGCACAAUGGUACCCAGUUGCUGAACUUCACACUGGAUAGGAAGAGUGUCUUUGUGGAUGGGUAUUCUCAAAACAGAGAUGAUGAUGUGAUGAAGAAUUCUGGUCUUCCUUUCUGGGCUAUCAUUCUCAUCUGCUUGGCGGUACUACUGGUACUCAUCACGUGCCUGAUGUGCUGUUUCCUGGUGACUGUCUGCAGGAGAAAAAAGGAGGGAGACUACCAAGUUCAACGUCAUCGUCUAGCUUAUUAUUUGUCUCACCUGGACCUGAGGAAGUUACAGUGAUUCUACCUUCCAGUGAUGGCUCUUCCCUAGCAGGGUUCAAAGAAUAAAUAAACCACAUUGGUCAGACUCAGCA